AUGGCUAAGACAGGGCCAAAGGGAUCAAAAAAGUCAAGUAAAAGGUCAAGCGGAGCAUCAACAUCAAAGCAAAAGAAGACGAAGAAGGUCAAAGAUCCGAAUGCACCGAAGCGAGCCAAGUCAGCUUACAUGUUCUGGUUGCUGGAAAAUAGAUCUCGUAUAGCGAAACCUGGCAUGUCUGUCAUUGAUGUGAGCAAAGCAGCAGGUGUUGAAUGGGGCAAGGUAAAAGAUAAGAGCAAGUACGAGAAAAUGGCCAGCCAGGAUAAGCAGCGAUAUGAGGCAGAAAAGAAAAAAUACAAGAAGUAA